CAGACGCCAUUAGAAAUCAGAUCAUAUGAUCGAUGACGCUAUGCGCAGCGCACGCAUAAGCUUUGUGAGAUUUAUCUGACAGAUCUCCCAUAGCGCCAAGAUAAAGAAGUCUUACCGUAAAUCGUUUUGAAUUUGAAUGUUUCGUUUAUCUUCUGGUCGUCUUCCCAUUUGCGGAUAUAACAAAAAGAGAAAUCUUUCUGGAAUCUGCUGGAAUGUUCUCUCGAUUUCUACAUGUUUGUGUACUAAUAACACGCAGAAUGAAAAGUACUCGCUCACAAGGAAGAGAAAUCUGUUACGAAAAAGAAGAAAAAGAAGAUACGUGGAAAAAUUGUGAGGAACGUGGAAAUAAAAUAAAUAAUUUAUACUUAAGUGAUAUCAGAUAAGUUUAUGAGAAAAUUAAGAGAAAAAUGUUGCAGUUAGAAACAAAGCAAAUAAAUCCAAAGUUAAAAUUUUACAUUAUGAAAAAAAGGCAACAGAAGAAGCAAGAACAGGAGACCGAAGCCGAACGUUUGCGACAAGAAAAACAAGAGCGCGAGCAGAUUCUAACAGAAUUGAACAAAUUAAAUGGAAAGUUUUCCAUUUUGGAGAAAAAUCUUUCCGAAUCUAGAGAGAAAAAAGAUCAGUUGCUUAAAGAGCUUAAUGUUACAAACAAAAUUUUAAAACAGACUGAGAUAGCCAAAAUACAACAAAUGAAUAAUAACAGAAAUACAGUAAUAAAAGAAAAUCCAACAGUGAAAAAUAGAGAAUGCAUCACUCAUCACAAGAUAGCAUUACCAAAUAAAAUUAUUGAUGCACCACCAUUGUCUGCACCCAUAGUUCAAACACCAUUGAUGACAAUUAGCGCAGACAAUACAUCAUCUACAAUAUUUCCAAGUAGAACACAUGUCAACAAAAAGUUACCAUCCAUAUUAAAUUGCGAAGCACAGCUAAGAACAAAUUUGUAUGCACCAAAGCAGCAUUCGUUACUCACACUUGGAAUUAUGAGUGAUGAUUCUAAUCACAAACAUGCAUUCUUACCAUACAAAAAAUCCUCGGAACCAGUGAAGUCAACUCCAAGAAAUUUUAAGUCACAGGAUAGGACACAAAGAAAAAAGUCUAAAUAUCUUACUAAUCUACACUUGUCAAAAGAAAACAAUGAUAUUAACAAACAAGAUGUAUGUGAUGAUGAGGUUAAACAGCUGAAUCAGGAUAUACAGGAAUUAUUAAGGAUAAGAAGCGGAAUUCCUUUUUAUUAUCCUCAUUUAUCGUCGGCUCAAUUGCAACUUAAUCCCUCUCCAGUUUCUUCUUCGUAUCCAUAUCUUCCUGAUGUCAAUGUCAACUUUAAUCUCCCUAUGUCUUCUAUUUAUGUAACUUCUAAUAUCAACCCAAAUUUUGUGCCUCCUUUGACUUGCGCCAACCAAACUCCUUUAUUAUCUCCUGUUACUCGCGUUGAUAUUUCUCAUAUGAAUCCACCCACUUGUUUACCUCCCAUUUACACCAAUAUGUCUCAUGUUAACCUAUCUUCUUCUUUGACUCCUGCUACUAGCAUUAAUGACUAGCCAUUUUUUAUGACUAGCCAUCGUCUUUGUCUCUUGGUACUUGUCAGUGUUCCUCAUGCCAAUCCAUCUCUUUUUUGCCUCUUACAUAUGCUAGUUCUUCUCGUAUUAAUUCAACUUCUUCCUUCUCUCCUGUUACUUGCUCUAGUACCUCUCAUACCAAUUCAACUUCUUCGCCUACUGUUAUUUAUAUCAAAUCAAACAACAAUUCAUCUCCUUCAGUGGUUACAACAGGAUAUUACUUCAAUAUCUUUUGUGACGACUCACCUUCCUGUAAAUGACACCAAUAUCUCCAUUACCAAUGUUCCAUCAAUGUUCCAAUUGUACAUACAACCUGACAGGUGGUCUUCUUCCUAAAGAUAGUCUUCUUAUUAAGAAUGUACUAGAGCGACGACUUAUCUGACAGUAUUAUUCAAGAUGCUGGAAUCUACUACAAAUCAGAUAGGAAUAAGUGAAGAUGAGUGAAGAUGUGAAUUCUAAUUUUAAGUCAAAUAAAUCAGCAUAUUUUUUAUAU